AUUGAAGAUGGCAGUGUCAUUUUCAUGGGAGCAACUACGGAGAAUCCAUCGUUUCAUUUGAUUACGCCGUUAUUGUCCAGGUGCAGAGUCUUGACUCUCAAUCCCUUAAAACCCCACCACAUUGCUGCCCUACUUAGGCGCGCCGUGGCUGAUUCUGAUAAAGGGCUGUGCUUUUCUAUGGGAGAGAUGAUGAAAAUCGAAGUAAAUGAUGAGUGUAUAGAGUUUCUUUCGACUAAUUGUGAUGGUGAUGCUAGGGUAGCAUUGAAUGCCUUAGAAAUUUCAGCUACCACUGCUGCUGCACGGACGCGAAUGGCGAGAAGAUCAACCGGGGAAUUAGAGGAAAACACAGGAAAUGCUGACGAGUCUUGUUUGUCUGCAGUUAUAACUCUGGAUGAUGUAAAAGAAGCAUUGCAAUGUAAGCAUUUGGCUUAUGACAGAGCAGGGGAUGAACACUAUAAUCUUAUCAGCGCACUUCACAAAUCUAUGAGAGGAAGUGAUGCUAACGCUUCCAUUUAUUGGUUGGCUAGAAUGUUGGAAGGGGGCGAAGAGCCUCUUUACAUAGCGCGCAGGCUGGUCAGGUUUGCUAGUGAAGAUGUUGGGUUAGCCGAUCCAUCGGCUCUUUGCCAGGCUGUCGCUUGCUACCAAGCUUGUCAUUUUAUUGGCAUGCCCGAGUGCAAUGUUAUCCUUGCUCAGUGUGUUGCUUACUUGGCCUUGGCUCCUAAGUCUAUUGCCGUCUAUAGAGCAAUAGGGGCAGCUCAAAAAGUGGUAAGGGAAUCAGUUGGACAAAAUGAAGGGGUGCCCCUUCAUCUUAGGAAUGCACCAACUAAGCUAAUGAAAGAUCUUGGUUAUGGAAAGGACUAUAUUUAUCCUCCUGACAAUCCAGACUCAUCGCCCCAGACUUACUUGCCACCAUCUCUUCAAGGUUAUAAGUUUCUUGAUUGGCCAAGUGUUGCAGAAAAUGAUCGACGAUGAGAAUCACAUGACAAUGUUAUGGCUUUCUGAAAAUAGCUGCUUUUGCGGGUUAGCACUGUUUCUUCUCCCUUUUGUCUUGAUUUCUCUUGUUUUGGGAAUUGUUAGUGAUCAGAGAAAUCUUUAGCAAUUGUGAGCCACUCUGUAGUUACUUUUUGGGAACUUUUUGAUUUUGUUGUGAGUGGAGGAGGAGAAAAGAAACUUACUGGUUUUGAGGGAUUGAAUGAUUCCAUUUUGGUUAUAGUUUUGUCAGAAUCUAUGCAUCCCCUCUCUUUUUUUAUUGUUCUUGUUUUUGGGCUACAUCUGGAUAAAAUACAUAUUUACUUGAUGA